AUGGAUCAAUUAGAGGACAAGUCAAAUUCUAAGGUAGACUUGCCAGUUUUGCCCACAUUGGCUACUAAUAGACUGACCACACCUAAACAAGACUCAGACUACAUCAUACCUAGGAAUUUGAAAGAUACGCCAACCGCUGUAAAAACAGAGCUAAAACGUUACGAACAAGCUAUACUCAAUGAAACUAAGUCGACAAAAAUCCACGACAAAUUGGCUUCUCAAUUCAAGAAAGAAUUGAAUUUUCGAUUUAGCGAGAAAGAAGAACCUGUUUCUGCUAGACCUGAGUUACAAUCACUACGCCAACUAGAAACAGAAUCUCUUCCAGACUUUGCUCAACGUAUCCAAACUUUGGCCAUGGACGGUUAUUCAGACGCUAACAGUAAAAUUAGGAACGAUUUUUGGAAAAGAAUCCAAAAUCAGUUCAGGACGCAUUGA